UUAGCAGCUACAAACCGGACCGAACGCGACCGAGCAGCGAGCAGGCUGGGACCGAGCAUCUGUACCGGAGCUCCGUGAGCGGAGGGUUCCGUCUCUCCUUUCCCGGACACAGACGGAUAAAGACGCUGCUGCUGUCACAGAGCUCACAGACGGAGCAGAGCCGACAUUUUGUGUUAGUUUCGUUUUUGGCUCCAACAAACAACAGGCCGCGGAGCAGAGCAGGCCUCGGGGGUGAAAGGAUCUGAAUCACCUGUAUAACUGAACAAAAAAGAAAGGAAACCCCUCAGAAUCCAGCUUCGAUGUUGUCCAGCUGUUCUUCAUGUUAAAACCUCCAUCCUCCCAAAUCUCAGUGAUAUGGUUUCUUAGGACCGAGGAACCUUUGAGCCUGGAGGAUCAAAUGACUUUAAAAAGGAACCCUCUGAGCUCUGCAGCAUUCCUGAUCAUCCUGAUCAAAGUCUUCAUCACUCUCAGCCUCACAUGUCAUCCAGCAGAGUAUCUGAUAGGCAGUGAGUGCUGUCCCAGGUGUUCUGCAGGGAGUCGAGUUAAAACUCACUGUAAUGAGUACAGAAGCACUUCCUGUCUGCCCUGUGUGGAUGGAACCUUCACUGAUAAACCCAACGGACUAGAACAGUGCACUCCCUGUACAAACUGUGCAGCAGGUUCUGGUCUGAAGGUAAAGAGGUCAUGUACAGGAACAUCAGACACAGUCUGUGAACCCCUGCAGGGAUUCUACUGUAUCUACUCUGUAGGAGACGACUGUGAGACAGCACAGAGACACAGCAGCUGUGGACCAGGACAGUACAUCAGCAAACAUGGAACAGCCUCCACAGACACCGAGUGCUCCGACUGCAGCGCUGGAACCUUUUCAGAUGGAACAUCUGCAUCCUGUCAGCCACACACACAAUGUGAAGAUCUAAACCUUCAGGAGAUAACAGCAGGAACAUCUGCAGCUGAUGCUCAGUGUGGAGAACGUGGAGUUGAUGUGGGAGCAGCUGUUGGUGUCUCUGUGGCUUUGGUUUUAAUUAUUGUUGCUGUAAUAGUAUUAUUAUGGUACCUCAGAAAGAAGAGGAAGUCUUCAUCCAGUUCACCAAAAACAAACAAAGAAGAAGAAGGAGAUUUACCAUUUGAUGAGCACAGAGGAUCAUCAAAAACAGAUGAAGAACGAGGUGAUGACAACAGAAGUGUGAAGGAACAUCAUGAAGGUGUCCAUAACGGUCUGCUGCCUUCAUCAGACGUCUCCUAGACUCCAGGAUUGUGGCUCAUUGUGUGACGUGUUCUUCGACAGUCUGGUUCAGAUUUUUACAUCAAAAGUUUUUCCCCUGUUUUUCUAAGUCAGUUUUAGUGAUACUUUACAAAUAACUCCUCCCUCCUCCUCAUAAGUUCAAGGAAAGUUGAAUCCAGCUUCUUGGUGGCUGUAAACUAGCCCACCACUCACUGGCUUUAGAUGUUGUAGCCUUCACAGCAGCUCUCUGCAGAGACCUGCUGUGCUCUCCUUUUAGUGUCAGUGGUCCUCACUCAGCCUUUUAGCUGAGAGGCCAUUAGUAAAUCAUUCACUGGAGGAGGGGGGCAGCAGAUGUGUGUAGACUAUGACAGACAGACCUGGGGGGUGGCUGAGAGUCCCAAGCCUCUAAAAAUAGUGAGGGCAGCCUUCCAUGUUUUGCUGUAUUCAUGCAGAGAGGCUGGUGCUGACGGGGAGCUCAGACUGUCCUCAGUGGGAGCACUGACUCAAAGUGGAGUGGUCCCUGAUCCUGUGAGAUACCUCCAUCAGAGAGGGUGGAGCUGCAGCUGCAGUCUUUUUGUUGCUGAGUGUUUUUAGUGUUUUAUCAGGAGUGCAGGUGAGAGUUACCUGUGAGGAAGCUCAUGUGGACUCAUUUAAGGACGCUAACAUGCAGACAGCUAACUGUAGCAGCAAAGCACUCGUGCUUGAUGAGAAGCAGAAGCUACAAAGAGACUCGUACUGCUGCUGCUUCCCUUGGUACCGGGGGGGGGCUUGCCUAUUUUUCAUCCUUCUCAUGGAAGAACCAGGCGCUCCGGGUGUAUUCCAGGGAGGAACCCAGAGGGGAUGCACUGCUGGAUCAUCUACCUGAGGAGGUCAGGAGGAAAGCAGCUGACAGUGAUACAGGGGCAGACUGUGAUGGAGGGGUAACAGACCCCCAUAGCCUUCUGAAUAACAUCUGCAGCAGGAUGGAUGAGCUACGAUUAAAUACUCAACAUUGCCAUGAAGAUGGAGACUGGAGCUUCAUGUCCCAGCAGUGCUUGGUCUCUCUGUGAGGCUUUUAUUUGCCCAGAGAGUUUGGAAAUGUUGUCAUAUGCAGCAUCUGUAUUUCAGCCAGUGGAACUGCAGUGUACCCAGCAGCUCCUGUUCUUAUUCUGGGGAUUUAAUCAUUGCUAACACAAACUUGUGUUCAGAUUCAGCCCCCAGCACAGAGCUGUGCUGCAGUGGACGAGGACAGCUCAGAGACUGGUUUGUGUCUGCAGACUGGAGCUUAUUCCACAGUUUGGAGUUAAACAAGGACACAGGCUCACCCACAGACUGCAGCACACUGAUGCUGACAGUGGGAUCCAGAGAAAGGAGGACAUUCACUUCCCAAAUACUGAGCCACACAUCACUGAAGAAGGAAAAGACUGCAUUGAUACAAAGAAGCUGAGGGGGACAGAAAGAAGAUGAACUCCAGUAGAGUUUCAUGAGCUUAUAAAAGUCCUUUAAAGACCGGAUCCUCAGAGCUUCUCAGCAUCUUCACUGUCCUGACCUGAAGAGCUGCAGACUGAAGAUGAACUUAAUCUUUCCUGCUUUUAUUAAAAUGUGUUUGUGAUGUUGCUGCAGCAGCUGUGAGCUCUCAGUUUUUAUAGAUUUAUUCUAACAGGACUUUAUACAAAGUUCAUCUGUAACAAAAAUGACAUUAAUUAGAUUUUUUACAUGUUCAGUUUUUAUGAUCCAUAUUCCAAAGGUGGGAAUUCUCUUCACUGUGUGGAUGGAAAGUUAUGGAGUUGUUCACCCUGGAUAUAAUAUUUUGUAUUUCAUGUGUAUGUGUUCUGUACUGUUAUAAAGUGACUUUCAUAUAUUCUUUAUUAAUUUUCAAUAAAAAUGUCUGUUCUGUGAGA